UUCUAAACAGAUCAUUAUUCACCGUACUGUGCAAUCACUCCAUGCUGGCAGUGGUCGAUAAGGAAUACACCAUCUUUAAAAACAAGAGCCUGCUGUUCAAACCCACUGGUCAGUGGUAUAAYGAGGGAGAGUAUGAUACAAAGGGUAACACUACCUGGAUUUGUACAAACUAUACCAUCAGUAAGCACAAAGAUUCAAAAGACAACUCCACAGAUACUCCAGACAAAUUCAAGUUCAAAACUGAUAUUCACUUCACUAUACGCCGCUACAUGACAAUCGUUGGUCUCUCUAUCUCAGUGAUAUCCCUCUUCCUCGUUCUUUUGACUCAUGGGAUACUCCGUGAUCUAAGAGCGCCGCUGCCCGGGAAAAACCUCAUGAGCCUGUCGUUGUCUCUGUUUCUGGCGCAUUUCUGGUACUUACUCGGUUCCGGGGAUACAGAUAAACCAGUUUUUUGUAGGUUCACUGGGUGCUUUUUACAUUACCUGUUUUUGGUUACGUUUGGAUGUACUUUCAUUGUGGCUUAUGAUACAAGGCGUACUUUCUCUGCUAAGACAGGCAAAGCUCAUGGACUUGGCGGGUACUUCCAGAACAGGCGACUAGCUGUUUAUUUGUUGAUAUCCUGGGGWAUYCCUUUAAUCUUCGUYACRAUAUGYGCAAUCCUUGAYGGCCUAGAUGUUGUUAACAUUGGUUACGGCAAAGGGUUGGCAUGUUGGAUAGGUAACCCGACUGCUUUACUCAUCGUGUUCGCUACUCCURUCGGRUUAGUGCUUGUUUACAACGUUGUGGCUUUCUCGCAGACUGUCUACGCGAUCAACAGUGCUAGAAAACACGGACAGCGUGUCAAGUCCAAUCAUUACACACGACCUGCUGUAGUCAAGAUCUACAUGCGCUUAACUUCCUUGAUGGGUUUCUCGUGGUUCUUUGCGAUCAGUGCCCCGCUUAUCCAUGACGGUCUCAUGUAYCCGUUCGUCUUCUUCACCACUUUACAGGGGCUUUAUAUUUUUCUGGCCUUUGUGUUUAAAACCAAAGUUUUGCGCAUGAUCAAGGCAAAAUUACCGCUUGAAAACCGAAGGCCUUCUUCGUCUUCCUCUUCAUCACGCCGAGUGACAAAGGGGACAAUGUCGACAAUGGCGGACACUACGCCUUAUAAUAAGUAUAUGUCGUCACCUAAAGACGACACUCAAAUCUAAACAGUUCAAGUUACACUGUAGGAAUAACAAUAGUCGAAAUAAUUUCUACUAUGCUUCCGUCCAAGCAAGCAUGCGAACGAGGGUCACUCCAUCUCGUACCCAGUUUCCUCUCCCUUGUUUUCACUAAUCGCCCGUCAAUUUUGAACGGUUGAUUAAAAAAAGAAAAAUUCUUGAUAAAUAAUUGAAUUGCAUGGAAAUUUCCUUGCUCUCAUAAUUCAUACUGUUGAAAGUUUCAAUAGACUGCUAAAGCUUUUACAUCACCUACGUGGUUUGCAAUGCAUUGUGGGAUCAAUUUCUGGAGAAAACAAGAUCCGCCAUGUUUUUGGUUGCAAAGAUAUCCUACAAUGCAUUGCGUAUACGGUUUAUGACGUAAAAGCUUCAGAGGUCUUGCACAAGGGAGCACGCGACUUCUUGGAUGGCCAGCUGGCAUAGCAUUAGAUCAGAGUAAGAUGAUCGAGUCAGUGUUUAAUAUGAAAACAAUAUUAUAGGAAUAAAUCUAGAAAAUACACACUCGCAAUAAUGAAAUGACUACAAAUACUACGGCAACAUGUUUUCAAAAUCGCUCUGCCCAUGCCCUUCUCUGCUGUUUCCUUCCGAGGCUACAAAAGGGCAUGGGUCGAGCCUUAAAUAUUAUUCAUGAUUACAUUUUUCGCGUUUCUAUUUAUAGUUCAUAGUAAUCAUAAAAAUCAAGUGAACAGCAAUAGAAAUUGUAGAUAUCAUUGUAAAUAAAUGUGGACAGUAUCUAUUAAAUAGUUGCAUUAAAUAUGGAUCAUAUGAUUACAGAAACUUUGAUGAAAAUUAAUGUAAUAAUAAUGUUGUAUAUUGAGUUCGACUCUUACUCGAACUCAAUCCCGAACUCGCUGUCAAAUCUAUAUAGUUACCUAAUGCUCUAGUAGUUGAAUAAUGAGUUAGGUACUGGAAUGGUGUGGACUCUUAAUACUCGUACUCGAUCUGGAACUCGUCAAAUCUAAAGUUCCCUAAUACUAGUAACUUCAUUGGGGAAAGUAAAAGAACCAAUUAGGACGGGACAAACCCAACAUUAUUAGGCUUACUAUAAAGUAAAAAACGCUGACUACGCUUCUACUGACCAUUCAAUAGAAAGGGUAUUCUUUGUGAAUUAUUUGACGUAAAUAAAAAGUGCAAACUCCAA